CAUAAAAAUUGAUUUAUUUAAGCUUACUAAUUAAAUCUAUUAUAUCUCACAAGUAGUUAAUAGUGGCCAAAUAGUCAUCAAUUUGUCUUACCAAAGGCUCAUUCACUAAAUCUAUCAUAUCACCAAAAUAACAUCCUCCACCUUCUCUGUCUUCUAUCUCCUUCCUCUAUAACACGCUCCAACACCUACGAGAGAGAGAGAGAGAGCUUUGGCUAUAGCUAUGGCUAUGCUUACUUGCUUGCUUUUAAUACACCUAAUAUCCCUCUUUAAUCGCUCCAGAGGCUUAGAAUUCGAUUACCUCAACGUUCACGAACUCCUCUCCUCAACCCACCGCCGCCCUCCCAAGAUAUCCACGCACCACCUUCCGAACCCCGCCGCCGUCUGCAAUCUCUCUUUGCAGCUUCACCACCGCGACUCCAUCUUCCCCAACCACCUCCACAGCAUUUCCGACCUCUUCCGCCGCGACUUCCAGCGUGUCGCCGCCCUCCACCGUCGCCUCGUUUCACCCCACUACCAACUUACCGACUUCACCUCCGACGUCUUCUCCGGCCUCGACCAAGGCACCGGAGAGUACCUAGUUCGUCUUGGCGUCGGCACCCCGCCGGUUGAGCAGUAUCUUGUUGUUGACUCCGGCAGUGACGUCAUUUGGCUUCAAUGUCAACCUUGCUCGCAAUGCUACACUCAAUCCGACCCGGUUUUUGACCCGGCGCGGUCCACUUCCUUCUCCCCAAUUCCCUACAGUUCCCCUAUAUGCGCUCUCCUCAGCGGCGGAGGCGGCGGUGCGGCGGACGAUGGGAAGUGUCAUUACCAAGUAGCGUACGGCGACGGGUCGUACACUCGCGGUACCCUGGCCCUCGAGACGUUAACAUUCGAAGCCAUCGCCGUCGGCGAAGUGGCUAUCGGCUGCGGCCGCCAAAACGGCGGCCUUUUUGUCGGCGCGGCGGGGCUGUUGGGUCUCGGGUGGGGACCACUAUCAUUCGUGAGCCAGCUCGGCGGGCUCGCUGGCGGCUCCUUCGCCUACUGCCUUCCGAGCAGCGGAUCCGAGGCAGGGGAAAUGGUUUUUGGAAGAAGCGAGGCCGUCCAAGUUGGGGCGGUGUGGGUCCCACUUCUCCGCAACCCCCGGGCCCCGAGCUUCUACUACGUGGGCCUCACAGGUCUGGGAGUGGGCGGCGCGAGACUGACGGCGGUAGGAGAAGAUGAGUUCGAGUUGACGGAGAAAGGUGGCGGCGGGACGGUGGUGGAUACGGGGACGGCGGUGACGCGGCUGCCUGCAGCAGCGUAUCGAGCUUUAAGAGAAGGAUUUAACGCGGCUUCGAGAUUGCCAGCGGCGGCGGGAGUGUCGAUAUUCGACACGUGCUACGCGUUGGGAGGGUACGGGAGCGUGCGGGUUCCGACAGUGAGCUUCUACUUCGUCGGAGGGACGGAACUGACUUUACCGGCGAGAAAUUUGCUGAUUCCGGUGGACGGCGCAGGAACUUUCUGCUUAGCAUUCGCGGCGUCGUCGUCGGAUCUGACGAUUCUGGGGAAUAUACAGCAACAGGGGAUUCGUAUUACCGUGGAUUCCGCUAAUGGAUUUCUGGGAUUCGGCCCAAACACUUGUUAAAACA